AUGGCAGGACCUCAUCGCAGCUGUGGUGUGAGAGGGUCAGCCAACGAAAGUCCAGUGGUGCAGCAUGAUGUAGUGGAGAGUCAUAGUCAGGAGGUCGUCCCAAUCACGCUGACCAGGCCUUGGUGGUCGUUGCACAGAGGCGGAGGAGGUGGUGGGCUGGGGACAGUGGCAGGCCCAGGGGUGGGGGCAUGGCCAUGGGGGGGCCGCAUCCCGUCCUCCACCCUGCACCGGGACAGGCGCUGGGGCUGGGGGUCCUGGGGCGGGGGUCCGUCCAGGGGAGCUCCCCGACUCUCCGAGCUCAGGCCCUGGCUGAGCGGAGGGGUGGCUGGGGCAGCAGGAGGUGGAGGUAAUACCGGUGGAGGAGGCGGGGCGGAGAAAGCAGGCAGGGUGAGAUGUUCCCGCAGAAUCUGGGUUCUCCUCGCCUCGCUGAUUCUCGUCUUCCUCACCUCGCUCUUCUUUUCCGUCUCACUCCGCGGGGGCGUCAGCUUCAACUACCUGGAGCCGCCUGGGUGGGAGGAGUCGAGGCGAGUGAAGCUAGUGCCCAGCUAUGUGGGCGCACACCGCCUGUCACCACCUGACACCCCACAGCAGAAGACAUGUGCCUGCCCACGCUGUGUCGGAGACCCCGGCGUCUCUGAUUGGUUCGAUGAGAACUACGACCCUGAUAUCUCACCUGUUUGGACCAGAGACAACAUCCAGCUGCCCUCUGAUGUCUACUACUGGUGGGUGAUGUUACAGCCCCAGUUUAAACCCCACAGCAUCCAGCAGGUGCUGCUGAGGUUGUUCCAGGUCAUUCCCGGAAGGUCACCAUACGGCUCGUGGGAUCAGGGGCGCUGUCUGCGCUGCGCCGUGGUGGGGAAUUCCGGAAACCUCCGGGGGGCCGGAUAUGGGGCCACCAUUGAUGGACACAACUACAUCAUGAGGAUAAAUCUGGCCCCCACAGUGGGCUAUGAGGAAGACGCAGGCAGCCACACCACUCACCACUUCAUGUACCCGGAGAGCGCCAAAAACCUGGCUGCCAACGUCAGCUUUGUCCUGGUUCCCUUCAAAACACUGGAUCUUGUUUGGAUCACGAGUGCUCUGUCCACUGGCCAGAUUCGAUUUACCUACGCUCCAGUGAAGCAGUUCCUCCGUGUAGAUAAAGACAAGGUCCAGAUCUUUAACCCAGCAUUCUUUAAAUACAUCCACGACCGCUGGACCCGACAUCACGGGCGCUACCCGUCCACUGGCAUGCUCGUGCUUUUCUUUGCCCUUCACGUCUGUGAUGAGGUGAAUGUGUUUGGUUUCGGGGCGGACGGCCGAGGAAACUGGCACCACUACUGGGAGCAGAACCGCUACUCUGGAGAGUUCAGGAAGACCGGCGUCCACGAUGCAGACUACGAAGCCCAGAUCAUUCAGCGUCUGGCCAAGGCCGGCAAAAUCACUGUAUUCCCUGGGAAAUAACCAGCAAAUCACCCUCCAGAUAUCGAAGGUUUCACGUUAGAACUGCUUUGUCAACGGUCGCCAUGGAGGCUGCUUAGAAUGUGUUAGAUAUUCUCACUUUCACUUACCUGCACCCAGUUGAAAUAAACCAAAUACUGAAGGCAAGACGAAAUGGUCACAGAGGUGACUCAUCACACAAAGUGAACUGUUACCAAAAAGUUAAUCCUUUCACUCUCUCACCAGUCCUGUUUCUGAACCAGGAACAGGGAACAUGGAGGUCCAUAUGUCGUCCUGCUCACUGACCUAAAAGUGGGAGCUGAGCCUUUUAUUAGACUGUGAACUAACUGGCUCAAGAUUUCACCUCUAACGGCCAAAACAAGACCAUGGACCUCUUUCCCAGGGCAGCUUCACCACAAAUACCGACUUUGACUGUGUACAGCAACCAAGACAGCCGGAGACGGAAAGAUCUCACAAAUACAUGUCCCACUUCUGGACUCAGUCUAGUAGAAAUGUUCGCCUAUGGAUGAGUAGUAUAAAAAAAAAACGUAGUCUACGUACUGAAGACACCACAUAAACAGGACCGUUAGCAUCCUGGGGGCUAUUGUUCUACAGCCAUGUGGUGUCUGACAGCAAACCUAUAGCUCAUCUUCACCUUCCAAGCUGUGGAUGUUGGCAAACACCGGGAACUGCUGGUCAGAAGUCUUUGUACCGUCAAACAUUUUGAAGGCACCAUGACUACUCCUGCUGCUCUGACAGAACCCUGGGCCAUGUUCUGAUUUGCCCUCACUCGAGAAAGAAUUAAUCUUCUCAAAUCAUAUCGGGAGGUGAAACAUCUCUUGCCACUUUUCAGUGUCAUAACUCCACUUUAUUGUGAGUUCUGCCUCAGAAGACAGUGUUACAGGGGACUUAGUCUGGCUGUGACGGGCUAUAAAACGUCUGCUUAUAAGACGAUAGGUGUUUGCUGUGGGUUUAUAGCGUAUGACUGUCCUCUAAACCCCCCAGGUUCUCACCCAGCUUAUAGCGAGGCUUCAGCUCUUUGCGGCAGAUCCACAGAAACACAAUCAAGGCUUUUGCCUUUCAGCCACUCUGACUCAGAAAUAUCACUGCACCACUAGCAUGAGCUUCAGCUUCUGUAGCCUGAUUUUAAAUGCCACAGCAACCACAGGCCCAGCUACACAUCACAUCCAGACACAGACAGAAAUGUUCUGGGAGGGUGUUGGUUUGACUGCGUGAGACUCUAAUGAGGCCAAAAGUCCAUCUCCUGGGAUUUCAUGUUUGGAUGGAGGCACACUGGUUUCUGGACCGGAGUUUAAAUCCCAAUGCGGUCUGUCAGGGUCUAAUUUGGGAGAGGAGGAGACAGAGAGCUGGGGCAUGAAGAACCAGUCUGACAAAGCCAGCAUGAGAAACACAUCCUUUGCUCCAGUGUUUUAUGGGAUGAAAAUAAAAAGAAGUUGGUUCGGUGUUUAUCUGCGGCACCUUCACACGUCUACACAAACUGUACUGGACUCGCCAUUUUGGUUUUGGAAAGGACUGAAACAAAGACUCUGCUUCUUCGUCCCCCUUCACGAAUCGAACACUCCAGCCUGACUCCUGUAUCCCAGUGAGGUUAAAGACUAUCAGGAGCAUUUCACCCCAGAUUAAGGCCCACAUGAUGGGGUGAAGGAAAACCCCACUGGAUCUGGGAACUGCUUAACUUGUCAGCAGCUCGGCUUCAUUAACCACGAGCCCAGGUCCCUGCUCAGCCAAUUAAAACUUCAGCUAUGUCUGGAGGGGGUGUAGCCACCAGACGCCUUAGACUUCACCUCUGUAAAGCAUAAACUGCACUUCUGAUUUUCACGAUGAUGGCACAUCCUCCUGCAGACUGCAGAUUUCAUUUGUUAGUUUUGUACUGUUUACUGUUGAGUUUACACUUCGGCUGGAUUUAUACUGUUAGCUCGGAUUAGAUUUUCUUUUCCAUCCAGGUGGCACAUUAAUGGUUUCUAUCAUCAUUUGGCAUCACCCAUUUACAGUCUCCACUGUCAGCUAUUUACAUACAGAUAGUUUCUAAAAACAGAAAAAAUCCAUCUAAAGAUGUUAUGAUGAAGAUGCUGGUUGCUAAGGACAACUACUCAGAGUUCCUGUAAAGGUCCUGUGUAGGUCUGGAAAAGAAGUUACUGUCUUUCAAGAUGUGAUGAGUAAUAUUUUCACUGCCCCUUUACACUAAACUUAUGUAUGGGUUUGAAUUUUUUGGAUUAUUGAUCAGUAUUAACGACUCAGCAGUUGCGCUGAGGUUUUUAAUACGUACGUUAUUUCAGUUGAAAGACACUUGAUUAAAAUUGAUAAUUUACUCAGAACUUCUAAAAACUUGGAUUCAAAUAAUACUAAAUAUUUAUGAUUGACUAAACAUUCAGAGUUAAAGGUACCGUGUGGAGUUUUUGAUGACUAGUACAGAUAUAGAGGGAUAUUUCUUUACCUGUGGGUCCCAGUUUUGCUUGUUUUCACACACGUGCAUGUGAUUUCACGUGUACAAGUACAAGAAAAAGUGGUUUUCUACUUAUCUACAAGUGGCAGCGGUGACAAUAAAUGCAGGGAAGAGGAAGAGUGUUAGCAGGUAAACAUGGAUAUAAACAUAAUGCAGGAUGCACACAGUGUGUGUUCAUGAAUACCACUGAACGUAAACAGAAACUCCACGGGGCACCUUUAAGUUUGGGGAGAAAAACCAACAUUAUCAGUUAUUUUCCGGGAGUUUAAAGCUCAAAGACUCAGCUAAUCUGUUUUAUCAGGACUGUGUGGAUGUGGUUUUGUCAGAUCUGAUUAACAGUGGCCUGGUUGCACAGUAAAACAACACACCACCCGCUGCCACAGUUUGAUUCGACCAUUGUACAACUUUGAUUGGUGCAUGGAAAAAUAUGUAUCAACACAUUUCUUCAACCGGGCCCCGCCCACCUCCAACUCUGACAAAAACAACAAAAAAACAAAACAACAAAACAAAACAAAAGCAAAAACAAAAGCAAAAAAAAAAAAAAAAAAAAAAAAACAGAAAUCCCUCAACUGAAAUACCCCAAAACUGCUGAAAACUAAUUCACACUAAAAAACAGAUUCAGAAAAUGUGUUUUUAAGGCCUUUAAAAUAUUGUUUUGAUCAAACUAUGGGAAAAUUAUACUAGUUACAGAUUUUCUAUCCUCAGGAGUCAGUAUCUAGUGACUCAUUAUGUGUAAUACAGUCAACUAAAAAAACAAAAACAAACAAAAAACAAAUCUGCCACCACAAAAAUGGUCAUAGCUAAACCUGUGGGUAGAAGUUGUGUAGGAGCUGUGUGUGUCCACCGCUGCAGCAGAUGCUGCGUUCAUGUGUAUGUGUGAAAACAGAGCACACAGUUAAAAGUUAAGGGAUGUAACCAAGUGACAUUUGGAGGCUUGUUCUUAUUACGUGUUUUAAGUUUUACUCAAAUCACUUUUGUUGAGAAGGAUUUAAGGUACACACACACACACAGUGAGGAGAGUUAGGGUGUCACACUGCCCCCAGCAGGUGAUGGGAAGAACUGUGCCUCCUUUGCUGAUAUCACUUCUGUUGCCGUGUUAUUGUAUUACCUUUGGGUGAUGUUGUAUAACCACCGAUGACUCUCAUGUACGACCAUUGUUCUUUCUGCUUUCAGUGUUUUUAUCCUACUUUGCACAGAACAGAUUUUAUGGGCUGCUUCAGUGUCGAGCUGGGCUCACUUAAGAGUCAGUGUGGCUGAAUCUGGACAGACACACACACACACACACACUCAUGCUUUCGUGCCUUGUCCUGCUGCUGGAUGUCACUCGCCUACAGCUGCUCCAUUGGCAACACGCACCUGCUACCUUUGCAUUUUUUUUAGUCCCUCACAGACACAGACACACACACACACACAUGCACACACGUCUUCUAGCUGAGAGCUGUGCCUUCUGAGCUGUACACACACACACACACACACAGCUACAUGAAAACACACACUCUGCCUUUGGCUCGGGGUACAGGCGCCUCCCGCUCUUAACUUCUUACCGCUUUGUACAGUGACGUCGUUUUUUUAAAGACCUGUGUAGGCUAAAGGACAGGAUGUGCUGUGAAUUCUUAUUAGGUCACUUGCUACUUUUCUGAACAUGUAGUUGAUGCUUUUGAGGCAUUCCUGCUUUUCUAGACAAUGAGGAAGGACAUGAACAAGAUGGCCGACACGCAGAGGGUCAUCUGCUACAUUAAAGCUCACCGUACUACACAUACCUGUCCCCGCCUUUCCGGAUCUGACUUGAAGUACUCAGUGACUGUGGAACAACAGAUGGCGAAGAUGACAACGCAUCUAAAGGUUUAGACAUAUCAGUGCGCCGCGGUGUCAGCUGUCAUGGUCCUGUGUUAUUGAUGUUUGUUUCCCAAGAUGCUCCCUCCAGCUUCAAAAUGAAUGUGUAAAUUGUUUUGGAGGUAUCGUGGCUUUCAUCGUGACAUUUCCCAGGCUCUCUGGCAGCAGAGGAAAAACACAUUCCUCGUGUCUGCAGGAGGUAGAAAACUCUUAAUAGUCGACUCUGCCCCCAAACAGGCGAGAGACCCCGUUACAGCAUGGGAACUGUUAUCAACCUCCCCAGUUUCUCACAGUUGUAGACCAGAACAUUGUGAUCAGAUAGAAGGAGGAGGGUGCAGGGUGAUCCCUCUCUGCUGUGCUAGCCUAAAUUAGUUUUUUUCUCACUCCCCCACCCCACCUACAGCACAUGACACAGAUC